AGCUCCCUGAAGCACAGACUUAUCAGAUCGGGACCAUGACCUCAUGUGUAUCAAAUAAGGGGUCCUUCACACAAAAACGGUUGAGAACCAGUUCUACAGCAUAUUAUUGUCAUCCUUUUGUGACCCGAGUUUCUCAUGAAGAGCUUGUCACAGUCCUGCAGCACACCUGAAGAAGACGCAGAGCAGGCCUGAAUUCCAGCGUUACGACAGAGGCAAUGCAACCUUUACAGCGGGGGCAGGUGGGAGAGCGUGUGGCAUGUGUCAGACUGGUUUACCCACAUUGGGGAGUGGCGUAGCAUCACUAUCGCACCACGCCCAGUCCUGACUAAAAACCCACAAGAUAGAGAGAUGCUCAACAGAGCUCAACCACCACCGGACCCUCUCCAUCCUUUCCAGAGGUGAGAUCUCCACCCAGCACCACCAUGAGUCUGAGGAACACGCGCCCCACCCGCCAAGGACUACGUGUGAAUCCAGGGAGCUUCAGUAGCCUGUCCACCGGGUCCUACUCCAUUCCGAGGAUCAGCAGCAGGGUUAACCAUGCGACCUCAAUUACACCUGUGACUGUCAACGAGAGCCUGCUCGCCCCACUGAAGGUAGACAUAGACCCCAACGUCCAACUUGUUCGCACCAAGGAGAAAGAGCAGAUCAAGACUCUCAACAACCGUUUUGCCUCAUUCAUUGAUAAGGUAAGAUUCCUGGAGCAACAGAACAAAAUGCUGGAGACCAAGUGGCAGCUGCUGCAGGCACAGACUGCCACCCCCUCCAACAUUGAAAUCAUGCUGAAAUCCUACAUCACCAACCUGCAGAGGCAGCUGGAGUAUCUCAACAAUGCCAAACAAUCACUUGAUGUGGAGAACAAUGCCAUUCACAAAAAUGUGGACGACUUCAAGACAAAGUAUGAGAUGGAGAUCAGCAAGAGGAAUGAUAUGGAGAAUGAGUUCGUUACGCUCAAGAAGGAUGUGGAUGCAGGCUAUUUGUCCAAGGUGGGUCUUGAGGACAUGGUCGCUGGCAUCAGGGAUGAAUUUACCUUCCUCAAGGCUCUGUAUGAUGAGGAGGUGCGUGAGCUGCAGGAGAGCUUGAAGCAGACCUCUGUGGUGGUGCAGAUGGACAACUCCCGUGCCCUGAACAUGGACCAGAUCGUGGCUGAUGUUAAGGCCCAGUAUGAGGACAUCGCUAGCCGCAGCCGUGAAGACGCUGAAAGCUGCUACAAGAACAAGUUUGACCAGAUGACUGCUGAGGCCAACCAGUAUGGCAAUGAGCUGCAUAACACCAAGGGGGAAAUAUCUGAGCUCAACCGAAUGAUCGCCCGCCUGGAGAAUGAGAUCCAGGCUGUAAAGGCACAGCGUACCAACCUUGAGAGACAGAUAGCUGAAGCGGAGCAGCGUGGGGAAGAGGCUGUGAACGACGCCAAAGCUCGCCUCAAGGACCUGGAGCUGGCUCUGCAGAGGGCCAAGCAGGACAUGGCUCUGCAGCUCAAAGAGUACCAGGAGCUCAUGAAUGUCAAGCUGGCCUUGGACAUAGAGAUCUCCACCUACAGGAAACUGCUGGAGGGAGAGGAGCAAAGAAUUGGACACGACUCUGUUGUCAACAUCCAAACAGUGCCCAUCAAAACCGUCCAGGUUCAAGUACAACGGCCGCGAAGGCCAAGUGCAGUUCUCAUCAAGACAGUGGAGACCCAUGACACGUACACCUCUACUCAAAGCAGUGGAGCAACCCUAAAGACAACUGUCCAAAACUAAGCCAGAAAAACCACAGAUUCACCUGCUGGAUCACUCUGGCCCUUUAGCUUUAACUUUAAUAUUCAUCUCUUUGUAAUCUACAAUAAGCCAACUGCACUGACAAGCCAAAUGUGUGUUAUUUGUUUAUUUUUUUCUUCCUGUUCUUCCUGUUACAUUUAUUAACUUCCUGUGUGUACAAUAAAGAUGUACUCAGCUGCA